ACAGUCAGCAAUUGUUAAUAAUGGAUAAUUAUCGAGAUUUCGAAUUUAAAUUUUAGUGAUAGUUCAUCUGUUUUAAACAAAAGACGCGUUAAAAAAUGUGUUUGUGAGGUAAUUUCGAAAAAAAUUUAGCUCUAUUGUGUUGUUCCAGUGUUACAUAAGCUUUUCUUACGAGGAAAUUCAUCAGCGCUUUGUACAUGAGAUAAAAACAGUGAUAAUUUGGAGAUUAAUGUGGUGCGUCAAUUGAAAAUCCACCGAAAUGGACCAUUGCGAACAAAAAAAGAGGAAAACGAACCCUCGGGAAACCGCUAAUAUUUUCUCGUUAUUAAGUUUUGCAUAUACGGUUAGUUUAUUCAAGAAAGCUUACAAGAACAAUGAUCUCGAAGAAGAUGAUUUAUACGAAGUUUUAAGAGCUUGUGGUUCUACAAAAUGCGGAGACAAAUUGGAAAACCAAUGGAUUAAAGAAAACAAUUUAAAAAAAGAAAAGGAUCCUUCUAUAUAUCGGUUGAUGUGGGCUAGAUUCGGAAAGCGAUAUAUUUUAAUAGGAGGUAUUCAUUUAUGUUGGAAAAUAUUUAAUAGCGUGGUAGAACCAUGGGCACUCAGCAGCUUAAUUUCAUAUUUCAAACCCGGUCAAACGAAAGUAACUAAGAACGAAGCAUACUAUUACGCUGCAUUGGUAUUAAUCAUCCACAUCGUCUACACCAUUUAUAUACACAACUAUAUUAUAUGGGUGCAACAAUUAGGAGUUGAAAUAAAAACUGCAUUUUCCUCAUUAUUAUAUAGAAAAGCAUUGAAGCUAACGCCGACGUCUGUAUCAGAAAUAACAUUGGGAAACAUCGUGACGCUCAUUACCAAAGAUGUGUAUUCUUUCCAGCAAUCCAUAUGGAUCGUAAACGAUAUGUGGAUCGCGGUGGUACAGACUUGUCUGAUUUGUUAUUUACUCUAUGCGAAAAUCGGAGUUAUUUCUUUUAUAGGUAUUGCUGUUAUACUGAGUGUUAUGCCGCUACAAGUAAUUAUUGGAAGAUUUGUAAGUAAACUCCGAUUAUCCGCUGAAAAAAAGACAGAUCAACGAUUACAAGCCAUACAAGAAACUCUAUCAAGUAUUAGAAUUAUCAAAAUGUACAAAUGGGAAGAAUAUUUUCGAAAUAAAAUCAACCAAGCUAGAUUGGCAGAAAUCAACCGGAUGCUGUUAGCAUUUUAUUUAAAAAUAAUAAUAGUUCUUUUGGGUGUUCUUUUUUCAAAAAUUGGAUUUUACGUAUUAAUCAUUUCAUGUAUAUGGAUGGGUUAUCCGACAGAAGCAGAACUGGUAUUUUAUCUCUUGACUAUUUUCAGAGAUCUGAAACAUUCUUUAGGAGUUGUUAUACCAUAUGGUAUAGGCCGAGGAGCUGAAUUAUAUUCAGCAAUAACACGAAUUAAUAAAGUCAUUAAAGGUGAAGAAUUACCUCCAAAACUUGGCUCUGAUGCUCCAACUCAAAGUCCCGUAAUCGAAGUAAAAGAAGCAACUGUUAAAAUAAAAGAUAAAGUUGUAUUAAAGAAUAUCACGUUAAGUAUCAACAGCGGCUUGAUUUUGGUAACUGGAAGAGUCGGAUCUGGAAAAAGUUCUAUGUUAAAAAUGAUCCUACAAGAUUAUCCUUUGGCAGAUGGACAUUUAUUAACUUUCGGUCGAAUUUCCUAUGCUUCGCAAGAUCCUUGGUUAUUUCCUUCUUCAAUAAAACAAAAUAUUCUAUUCGGAGAAACUUACAACGAGAAAAGAUACAAAGAGGUGAUAAAAGUUUGUGCUCUAGAAUACGAUUUAAGUUUGUUCGAAAAAGGCGAUGAAACCAUCGUUGCAGAUAAAGGACUAAAUUUAAGCAAAGGACAACAAGCUAGAGUGAAUCUAGCCAGAGCUGUAUAUAAAGAAAGUGAAAUUUAUUUAUUAGACGAUUCCUUGACAGCACUUGACGCUCAUGUUCAAGAUUAUAUUUUCAACGAAUGCGUCAAAACUUUCCUCAAAGACAAAAUUUGUAUAUUAGUUUCGCAAACGGCAAAUCAUAUACAAGAAGCCGAUACAGUGAUUAUAAUAAACUCAGGAGAAAUAAAAUACAAUGGAAAACCAACUGAUAAAGUAAUUAAGCAAAUUGAAGAAAUCGUUGUUGAAGAUGACGAUUUAGAAAAAGAAGUUAUAGAAAAAAAUGAACCUAAAAUGAAUGGAGAUGUCAAACAUAACGAUUUGUUUGAAACAGAACAAGUAGCAGUGAAGCCGAACGUUUACAGUGAGGUUCACAAAAAAGGAGAAGUUGAUUUCGCUGUUUAUAAAAAAUAUUUCAAAUUCGGUGGUGGAUUUUUACUCAUUUCCCUUAUCGCCAUAUUGUUUGGCUUAACACAAGGAACGGAAAGUUAUUCAGACAAACUUUUAACAAAAUGGGUAGAUCAACAGCAAAUAGAACUAAGUCUUAAAAGAAACAUCAGCGAAUUGAAUGUAGCUACGCCUCUACAAAGUCAAGAGCUAGCAGAAGCAACAGCCAACGAAAAAUUCACAAUAAAAUUAUAUUCUCUGAUGAUUCUUGCAUCUACAAUAUUGGCUUUACUGAAAACUUUCGCGAUAUUCGAUUUUUGUCGUAGAGCUUCAAUUAGGAUACACGAGACCAUGGUCAGAUACAUUGUUUAUGCUGUGAUGAUAUUCUUCGAUACUCAUUUCAUUGGUAACAUUCUAAACAGAUUUUCACAAGAUAUGACGAAUAUCGAUGAACAUUUAUUACACAUUUUCAGCGAAUUUAUUAGGGUGGCAUUUGCAGUAGCUGGUAUAGUAUUUUUGAUCUCGAUAGUAAAUCCCUAUUUCUUACUAUUCGCAGCAAUAUUCUUUUCCUCCUUAAUAUUCAUAAGAAGAUUAUAUUUACCAACUGGAAGAAGUUUAAAGAGAUUAGAAGCAGCUACCAGAAGUCCAAUGAUUGGACACUUGAACGCUUCCUUGGAAGGAUUAACGACUAUAAGAGCAUACAAAGCGCAAGAUAUCUUGAUUAGGGAGUUUGACCGUCAUCAAGAUUUAUUUACAUCAGCUCACUAUACUUCGUUAUGUUCUAUGAGAGCUUUCGGAUUUAUUAUGGAUUUUCUUUGUUCACUAUUUAUCCUCAUGGUCGUUUUUACUUUCAUCUUCUUUGAUACAGGUACAAGUGCAGGAAACGUGGGUCUCACUUUGACACAAAUUUUCAUGUUAGCCGGAUUGGUGCAGUGGGGAGUAAGAACUUGGGCAGACUUGGAAAAUCUUAUGACGUCCGUGGAAAGACUAUUAGAAUACACGGAAAUCCCGUCCGAGUCCAAAGAAGGUACAGAAGUUGAAAAUUGGCCCAAAGACGGUGCAAUUGUUUACGAAAACGUGUCUUUAACAUACAAUAAUUCAGAAAAAGUUUUAAAAAACUUAAACUUUAGCGUAGAACCCAAUCAGAAAAUAGGAAUAGUGGGAAGAACUGGUGCUGGAAAAUCUUCGAUAAUAUCAACGAUAUUCAGACUUUACGAACCUGAAGGGAAGAUACUUAUAGACGGUGUCGACAUAUUAACGUUAAAUUUAAAAUUUUUGAGAAAAAAACUAGCAAUCAUACCACAAGAUCCUGUACUUUUCACCGGUACGAUCCGAACAAAUUUGGAUCCCGUAAAUGAGUUCCAAGAUGAAGAACUUUGGAACGUCCUCGAUGAAGUUAAUAUGAAAAACGCUGUAUCAUCUUUAAACAUGAAAAUAACCAGCAGCGGCGGUUCGAAUUUCAGCUCCGGAGAGAAGCAACUGAUUUGUUUAGCUAGAGCAAUCUUAAGAAAAACUAAAAUAAUAGUUUUGGACGAAGCAACAGCGAAUAUGGACCACGAAACUGAUAUGCUCUUACACAAUACCAUCAAGAGAAAUUUCACUAACUGUACGUUAUUAACUAUUGCACAUCGUUUACAUAGUAUAUUAGAAUGUGAUAAAGUUAUGGUAUUAGAUAAAGGACAAAUCAAAGAAUUCGACACGCCAUCGAAUUUGUUGAAGGACAAACAGGGCAUUUUUUAUAAGAUGGUCGAGCAAGCAGGACUGCUAAACCUUGUGACUGAUUAAUUUUUAAUUUUUGUGCAUUAGUUUGAAUCUUUUCAACUAGCUACUUCAACAACAAGUAUUUUUGAUAUUAUUUAAACUGUUUAUAUUAAAUGUUUACUCAAUA